AAUGAAAAUUGCAAUUGAAAAAUAAAAUAGAAACUUUAAUACUAAUGUUAUUGUUCCAUAUCAGAUUCUUUAUUACGUUUAAUUGAUGAAUGUAUUUACUAUAAUGAAUGAUAUUUAAAUAAAACAAGAGGAGAAUGAAGAAAAAGAGAAAAUAAUAGAAUAAGAAGAAACUUAAAAAAUAAAUCAGAAUAAUCUUAAAAAUUAGGUAACUCAAUGUAGCAAUUCCUACUACUUAUACCCUGGUUAAAGCAAAAAUUACUAUAAAAAUAUGGGCUAAAAGAUAGCCAAUUUUAUUCUAUAAGAGUUUUCUGAGGAUAAUGAGAUUAUUUAAGAACCUUAUAUAAAAAAGUUUUUAAAAAUGGAUGGUUAGAAAUUCAAUAGAAAUUCUAUAUAGUAAUUGAUUAAAUCAAAGAAAGGAAGAAGAAUUUGUAGAUUAUUCUUCGCUUAAUUUAAAUGGGUUAAGCCAUUUGUAGCAUAACAUAAGACUGACCUUGAUUUGAAUUUUCGAUUAAAUAGAUAGUUUUAUUAGAAUCGCAAAAACGUAUCACAGAGUACUAAAGUUGAAGAUUUUUAAAUAAAGGAAGAAAAUUGAA